AUGGCCAGCGAUUCGACACAUACUCAAUCACAAGUCUACCUCUCCACAAGAGGUGGUGACUAUGGUCUCUCCUUCGAGACCGUUGUCCUAAAGGGAUUGGCUGCCGAUGGCGGUCUUUUUCUUCCUCACGAGAUUCCUGCUGCGACAGAAUGGCAAAGCUGGAAAGACCUCUCAUACCAGGAAUUGGCUUUCCAGAUCUUUAGCCUCUACAUCUCCCGAAGCGAAAUUCCCGCCGAAGACCUACAAGGCAUCAUCAACCGAAGUUACUCGACAUUCCGCGCAGAAGAAGUCGUCCCCCUCGUCCAAUUGAAGGACAACCUACACCUCCUCGAACUCUUCCACGGCCCCAGCUACUCCUUCAAGGAUUGCGCUCUGCAGUUCCUCGGCAACCUCUUCGAAUACCUCCUUACACGAAAGAAUGAGGGCAAGGAGGGAAAGGACCGACAUCAUUUGACUGUUGUUGGUGCGACAAGUGGUGAUACCGGAUCCGCCGCUAUUCAUGGUCUUCGAGGAAAGAAGGAUGUGUCUGUUACCAUCCUGCACCCCAAGGGUCGUGUCAGCCCUAUCCAGGAGCUCCAGAUGACUACCUGUACCGACGCCAACGUUCACAACCUUGCCGUCACCGGUACCUUUGAUGAUUGCCAGGACAUCGUCAAGGCUCUCUUUGGCGACCCCGAGACCAACGCCGACCUCAAGCUUGGCGCCGUCAACUCUAUCAACUUUUCCCGAAUCCUCGCUCAGAUUGUUUACUACUUCCACUCAUACUUCACCCUCGCCAGAAAGGACCCAAACUUCAAGGUUGGCGACAAGGUCCGCUUCGUUGUGCCCACUGGAAACUUUGGCGACAUCCUGGCCGGAUACUUUGCCACCCGCAUGGGUCUCCCUGUCGACAAGCUUGUUAUCGCUACUAAUGAGAACGAUAUCCUUGAUCGAUUCUGGAAGACUGGAAAGUACGAGAAGCAGCCCGCCACGGGCCCUGAGGCGGAGGGUGGUCUUGAGGUCGAUGGUGUCAAGGCUCACGAGGAUGGCGUUAAAGAGACUCUCAGCCCUGCCAUGGACAUUCUAGUGUCUAGCAACUUUGAGCGUCUUCUCUGGUUCUUGGCCUAUGAGUUUGCCGCGACUGUCGGUAUGGAUGUCGAGUUCAACCGAAAGCAAGCCGGACAAGAGGUUGCUACUUGGCUCAAGGACCUCAAGAACAAGGGUGGUUUUGGUCCAGUUUACGUCGAUGUUCUCAACAGCGCCCGCAAGACUUUUGAGAGCGAGCGCGUCAGCGACCCCCAGACCCUCGAAACAAUCAAGCAUACCUACCAAAAACUCGGAUACAUCCUCGACCCUCACUCCUCCGUUGGUAUCACCGCUGCUCUCCGAUCUGCCGAGCGUGCCGAAGCCAACAUUCCUCACAUCUCUCUCUCAACCGCCCACCCCGCCAAGUUUGCCGGCGCCGUCGAGCUUGCUCUCAAGGAUGAGAAGGACUUUAACUUUAACGAAAAGGUUCUUCCCGAGGAGUUUGUUGGCCUUGAAAAGUUGCCCAAGCGGGUUUCCGACAUUUCAAAUGACUGGAAGGCUGUGAGGGAGCAGGUCAAGAAGCAAGUUGCCGAGGAACUUGGCGGACAAUGA